AUGGAUGGCAGCAUAUGGAUUGGGACAGGUCCUGAAGAUGAGCAGGACAAGCCACUGCCGCAGACGGGACAAUGGGAGCAUGGCUGGAAUGUCGAUUCCCUGAACAAUGAGAUCAUUGCGGGAAUACACAAUCACCUCUUGGAACGGCUGCAGGAAAUGAAGCAGCAGGGAAUUGUGGAGGUCACCAUCAACAGCAGGGGCUUUAUCAUGCAGCCACAGUGGGUGUUGGAACAGACUGAGUCAAUAGCUGAACAUUUGGGUGGCAUUCGUGUUGAUGAGCUGGGCGGAAUCAUGAGGGUUCUGAAUCUGGAAGCUGUGAGGAGGCGACCGAGGAACAGUGUCCCACACAACAUUCCACAUGGCAGUGCUCCAGCUGGAGCACACGCAUCCAAGAUGCUGCCCAGAUCAGUGCAAAUGUACCCAGGAACUUACCAUUCGUCACAGAGGGAACGGUACGCAGGGAAUGCUGUUCAGAUGCCAAGAUCUGGAAUGGGCCCAUUCCUCAACUCAGUAUUGGAACCGCCCGAUGCGGCACACCACCAGGGUAGCCCCGCCAGAACAUGUGGGCCCAGUGGCUGGACUGAACAAGCAGGGAGGCCAUUUUCAAGGCACAGCGCAAGGUCAUCAGUGAACCAAAGGCAAGGUGCCCCUGGUCCAAUGGUUCAGGUGCAAGGCGUGCACCCUGGAAACGACACUGCAGGCACGGCAAAUGACCUGCGAGGCUCUGGAGGUUCGUAUAGACACAAAAGAGAUGGCAGAGAAUGCGUCUCCCGGGGGGGGCGUGGCGCCAGAGGAAGGAGAGGGGGAAGGGGGGCGAAGGGCUCAUCAACAGGCAGAAAUUCAGGGAAGGCAAAGGAUCAGAGCCCAUAG